UCAACGUUGAUCGGAGCAACACGUCGCAUUUCGUUUGACUCACAAUAAUUUUCCAUUUAGCUACUGCAGAAAAUUCUUUCUUGCUCGGAACGUGAACGCGCGACUAAAAAUGAUGAAAAUCAGCUGAAAACUCGUCAAAACCACAAAAUUUUUCGUUUGCCAUAAGUACGACCUUCAACUACAGAGUGUAUAUGUGUAAAUAGACGAAAAAAAAUAUUACAAAAAAAAAAUUUAAAAAAAAAAUCGAAAAAAAAUGUCACAUUCAAAUCCAUUUCAACCGUGGAAACCGCAUCCUCCGAAUUUGUUCAACUCAACCAGUGGGAAUUUUAUGCAAUUCCAUCAUCAUCAUGCGAUGCCGUCGCCCUCGUCGCAAAAUUACUCCGCUGCUGCCCUGCAACUUGGCGGAACGCAAAUCGGAUUAGAUCAAGUGUCGACAUCGACUCCUUCCAUCUCGUCGUCGUCAUCGUCGUCAGUUGCCGGCGCAACAUCGACAAAUUUCGGCAGCGGAAGCAACAGCAGCACGUCAAGUAAUAAAGGAGCACCAAAUUAUCACAAAAUAAAUAGCAUAGAUAAAAUGGUCGGCCUUGACAAUUUGGUGGAUGAACAACUUGAUAAUUCCUCAUCGACGAACGGCAUGACGAGAGAGGAGCGGAAUAAUAAAUGGAGGCAAUUUGCCGAGAAAAAUAUAAGUGACGCAGCGAAGCAACAAAUUCUCCAUAUACUCGAGAAAAUAGCGCAAUUAUCGCCCACGGAAAAGCUACUUUUGUACCUGAGAUUGCCAGGAGGAUAUCCGGAAACAGAUCCACUGCGUCAAAGCCAAAACCCCCUCGGACAACGUUCUGAAAUAAAUCACACCAUAAACUGGGUUAAAUCUCAUCUGGAGCACGAUGAUAACGUGUCGAUACCGAAACAAGAUGUCUACGAUGAUUAUACGGCAUAUUGCACGCGAGUCAAUAUCAAACCCCUUUCAACGGCGGAUUUCGGUAAAGUUAUGAAGCAAGUGUUCCCGAAUAUCCGACCUCGUCGACUGGGAACGCGCGGAAAUUCUCGCUAUUGUUACGCUGCCAUGCGAAAAGCCACAAAACUCGAGUGCCCGAUGUUGCCGGAGAUCGGAAGUAGCAAUUCUGUGAAGAAAGACGAAGGAGGUUUUGACUUUCAAACGCACGAAAACUCGUGGCGAACCGUGAAAAGUUGGGCUGAAGGCUUGUUAAGUGAGGAAUUUGACUCGCUGGAAACACUUGCGGGACAUAUUAACAAACAGCAUUUGAACUCACCGGCGAGCAUUAGUUCUCGGCAGCUGUUACAAAAGAAAUUGCUUCAAAAAGAGUUGAAGGAGAAGAAGAAAUUGAAUGAAAAUUCAAUGAAAAAACGACGCAAAAAACGAAGGAAACUGUCAUCGCAGUCUGAGAAUUUCGAUGAAAAUUCCAAAAAUGAGCCCGAAAACUCGCAAGGUAGCAAGUCACCGCUAAUAAAACGCGAAAUAAACGAGAAAAGUAGCGAUGAACGACCAAUCAAAAGUCCGAAAAAAUUCGUGCAACCGCACGCAUCGUCAACAAUAGUGAAACGUGCCUCAAAUCUCAUCAAACAAAUGGACAACGAAGAUGAGGAAAACGAUGAUUGUGGCGGAAACGAAGAGAAUCAGCCACUGCAGCAGCAGCAGCAACAACAACAAACACAACAGGGAACCACAGGCCUUAAGAAAAUAAGACUUACACCAAGAACUGAUUUUGGAAGUAUUUCUACGACAAAUGCGACAGCGCCAACAACGACAAGUAGCUUAGAAAGUGGCCCCAAUGACGAAAUUCAGAUGCCGUUGUCGCGCGAACGCAUGAUUAGCCUUUGUACUAUCAAUAAGGACGAGCUUGGAUGUUACCUGCCCGACUUGAGUGCGACAGAAAAUGACGCGGAGGAAAAUUCGCAGGAUCAGGAAGUUGAAUUAAUGCAAAUUUUUCAGGCGGAAGGUAAGACAAAUAGUGCCCAAAUGGGCAACAACAAUUUUUGUAACGGAAAUAAUGUAAUGAAUAACAAUAAUGUGAACCAUACCAACGGCAAAAGUCACCACAGUAGCAUUCCAGUGUUAGAAAAUUAUCAAUUGCAACCAAAUAGUAGUGUUAGUAGUAGUCAAAUGCGACACCCGGUUGUGUCGUCGCAGCAAAAGGAACUCAAUGAGUUACGGAGUGUCUUGCAAAUGAUGCCAAAUAACAAUUCGACGGCACAAAAUGUCUGUUCUGACAUGCUAUCGAUGAUGUCACAGCUCCAUUCGAAGGAUACCCGUUCGUAUUCGAUCUACCAACGGAAGCUGAUGGGUCAAAAUUUCCCCUCAAACACUCACAAAAACACUUUUGUGCCCAUUCAGCAAGGUCCCGUUUCGAAUGUGAUGCAUCGUCCGCACGAUACGAGUCCUUUUGUGUCGCCGCGAGCAACUCCCAUCGCCAAAACCAAACGAAAUCCCAAUUUAGCACCUUUGCAAAUGGUCCAAAAGAACGCCGGAAUCGUUCUCGGCGCGCACAAUACGGCUUUCACGCGUCCCAAUCACUUUAAACAAGAGUUACCGGCAUCCGCGCCUUCUAGUCCCUCGUUAUGCGGCACAUUUCGUUAUUUUAGCGGGCAACCCGCAAACACCGCAUCAACAAUUUAUCACGAUCAAUCGUCGUCGCGAUCUCAAAGUGUCCCACUGCAUCAACUACAAGCCCAGGAAGACUAUUCCGCGUAUUCUUCCGCUUGUAACAGCGUGAAUCCGACACCCGUUCCCUCCGAAUUUCACGAUUUUGACGAACAACAAAACACUUUGCUGGAAAUGUUUUCGUCCGAAUCGGGAGUUGUGCCGAAUAUCAAGAUGGAAAAUGACUUUGCGGCAGAAUUUUUAGACACGGACGAGGUAUCGUCGACAAUCGAUAUGCAAGAACUGCUGCCCGAUAGCAGCAAAAUGUCACUCAUGUCACGCUCAGUUCCUAAUACUCCGCUUCCGUGCACCUACAAUAGCAUUAAUAACAAUCACAUCGGCAAAGAACAGCAAAAUUUGAUGAAUGGCAUGGCGAAAUAUGCGCAAUCGGUGCCAACGACGCCCGUUCCCGUGGGAAAUGCAUUCCGUUAUACGCCGCCAGCGACGCGCGAUUAUCUAAUAAGUGGGUAUAACAAUCAUUUGGGCGACGCAAAGAUGACGGAAAAGGUCGAUCAGGCCCCAUUGUCAGCGAAUUCGUCGUUUUUGGGCACAACCGAGCAAAAUUCGCUCGAUUAUCGACCCAGUUCCGUGGCGAACGAUCCCAUUAUCGAAUCAGACAUCUUCAAUGAGAUGGCUUAGAUUUAAUUGUGUGUGUGUGCCGUGUGACAAAAACAACGAUAACAAAAAUCUAAUCAAGAUAAAGAGCAUUGGCUUAUCUUUCACCGCGCCGCCAUCCGAGACGUAAAAAAAAACAACAAAAACACGUGAAAUUUUUGAAAUUUUGAAUCCGCAAAAGGUCAUUUUGCGCUAAAAUUGCUCGUUUUACGUCACUUUUCGAUAAAAAGUCGAACGAAUGGCACGUGUCGCCCUUUUUUCUCGUAUGCACCAUACAACGCGCCAGUUCGCCUUGAAGAACCAACAAGUGUAUCUUUUCUUGCGAUAUAAUGCAAUAAAAAUACUUAAUCAUACCUAAAUGCAUUGCGAGCCAACGAUACACCGCAACAUUGUUGCAUUUAAAUACGUAAUAUUUUUUUUUAUUACAAAACGUUCCUACUUCAAACGAUGACCAUAAAUAUUUAAUGGAUGUGCAAAUGAUUUAAUUAGCGAUCGAUCCACGGAAUCGGAAAUUUGUAGACAAAAUUUUGUUUGGCAAACUAUUUUCGUUUAUAACUCGUUCCGACGAACCCUUAUCAUCGAGCGUUUUUAUUUUUGUUAUUAUCAUCAAAAAAAAACUAAGCAGAUAAGACAACUUCAACUCUCGAGUAUUUGUGGAAAUUUCCUCGGUGAUUAAUUUGAUAAAAUCCGUUUCGGGUUAUUUAUAAAUAUUUUUUUUCGUGACAAGAACCCGAGAGAAAUUGAACUGAAAAACAACAAAUAUUUGUGACAAGUUGUUUUUUCGAUCAACUUUAAAUAGUUUUUGACGAUGAUGAGUAAUUGUAAUAAUUUCUUACAUCAGUUAUUUUGAGCUCAGAUGAAUUUUUUGGCAAGGCGAACGACUUUAAUGGAAGACAAAGUAGUAGAAAAAACAUUUAAAUGUGAUUUUUUGUUGAUAAUUGAUGAGAUUUUUGUCUUUUGUUUAUUUAAUUAGACCCUUAAAAAAAUUUUAUUGUUUAUUUUGAAGAAAAAAAUAAUUUCAUUUUU